AUUGCCCGUAAAUGACCCAAACAGUCCAAAACCCUAAAAAGGAAACCAACUAUGGCAGCAUAGCAGGCAGAAAGCGAUAAACGAAACAAAGUAGAAGAAGCAAAACAAAGGAACACAGAAGCAGGAACGAGGAGGAGCACUGUGUAGAAGAAAUGGGGAAGAAGCAGAACGAGAUCCAGAAAACGGGGCUAGGUCGAGCCCUGGUGAAGCAGCACAACCAGAUGAUCCAACAGAGCAAGGACAAGUCUCGCUUCUACAGGAAGAAGUUCCUUGAAUCCUUCACCGAAGUCUCCGACAUCGACGCCGUCGUCGAGCAAUCCCUAGAACCCCUCCCCGAACUUGCCGCUGCCGCUUCAACCACUCUCAUCAGCCUUGAACCAGGUUCCGUGCCCGAUGAAACGACGACGCCGGAAGAAGCGAGGAAGCAGCAGAAGCAAGAGGAGGCGCUCCACGCCAGCAGCCUCCGCGUUCCUCGCCGCCCGCCGUGGACUCCCGACAUGUCCGCCGACGAGCUGAACGCCAGCGAAACCCAAGCUUUCUUGACCUGGCGCCGCAGCUUGGCGAGGCUUGAGGAGAAUAAGAAGCUUGUUCUUACUCCGUUUGAGAAGAAUCUUGACAUCUGGAGACAGCUCUGGCGGGUUGUUGAGCGCAGUGAUCUGCUUGUUAUGGUCGUUGAUUCGCGAGAUCCGCUGUUCUAUCGUUGUCCAGAUCUUGAGGCUUAUGCACGGGAGGUUGAUGAGCAUAAACGUACAUUGCUUUUGGUUAAUAAGGCAGAUCUUUUACCUGCUUCUAUCAGAGAGAAAUGGGCCGAAUAUUUUCGUGCUCAUGAUAUUCUCUUCAUCUUCUGGUCGGCUAAAGCUGCUACUGCUGCCUUGGAAGGCAAAAAACUUGGUUCAUCAUGGGAGGAUGAUAACAUGGGGAGAACUAAUAGCCCAGACACAAAGAUAUAUGGAAGGGAUGAACUUUUGGCCCGCUUGCAAUCUGAGGCAGAAGAGAUAGUUGACAGAAGGAGAAAUUCUGGCUCCUCUGAGGCAGGACCAUCUAACAUUAAAUCCCCUGCUGAAAAUACUGCUGGUAGUUCAUCAUCGAGCAAUGUUGUUGUGGGAUUUGUUGGAUAUCCUAACGUGGGGAAAAGUUCAACUAUUAAUGCUCUGGUUGGUCAAAAACGCACUGGUGUCACCUCUACCCCAGGGAAAACAAAGCACUUUCAGACAUUAAUUAUCUCUGAUGAGCUGACCCUUUGUGAUUGUCCUGGAUUAGUUUUUCCAUCCUUCUCAAGCUCAAGAUAUGAGAUGAUUGCUUGUGGGGUGUUACCUAUUGAUAGGAUGACUGAACAAAGGGAAUCUGUCCAAGUUGUUGCUGAUAGAGUCCCGAGACAUGUCAUUGAGGAGAUUUAUAAGAUAAGGCUUCCUAAACCUAAGUCAUAUGAGUCCCAAUCGCGCCCCCCUCUAGCAUCUGAACUUUUGAGAGCAUACUGUACUUCUCGUGGGUAUGUUGCCUCUAGUGGACUCCCUGAUGAAACCAGGGCUGCCCGUCAGAUGUUGAAAGAUUACAUUGAUGGGAAGCUGCCUCACUAUCAAAUGCCUCCCGGAGCGUCAGAUGAGGAACAAGCUUUGGAAGAACCUGCUGGACAUGACUCGGUUGACUUGGAUGCAUCGGAUUCAUCUGCUAUUGAAGAUGCUUCAGAUGUUGAGAGCGAACUUGCACCAAAUCUUGAACAUGUAUUGGUUGACCUCAAUUCAUUUGACAUGGCUAAUGGACUUGCUCCAAAAAAUACUACUACUGUUAAGAAGCCUAAGGCAUCUCAUAAGCACCACCAUAAAAAGCCACAGAGGAAAAAAGAUCGUUCUUGGAGAGCAGGAAAAGCAGGAAACGAGGAUGCUGAUGGGAUGCCAGUUGCAAGAUUCUUUCAGAAACCAGCAAAUACAGGUCCUCUGAAGGUUGGGUAAGGCCAUACUUUCUGGUUUUUGCACAACAGCUUGUGUUAAAAACCCAUAUGUAUGUUGUUAAUACGAGGCUAACGAUAAAUAAUGUUUGUUUGUGAGGCAUUGCGGAAAUAGAUGAGGUGAGAGGAAGCUCGUCCUGUGACAGCGAAAAAAAAUGUUUGGGAAAAUCUUGUGUUCACAACGAUGAUUUUUUGUUCUUAUCAAUGGAUUGAAAAUGUUGUCAUGGGACUGGAAAAUUAGGAACUAGGAUUUUCGGUCAAGAGUUAAGAGCAUUUGUUGGUUUCUUUAUGUUGUGUGUGAGACAAGGCUAGUCUGAAUUAAGCCCCAUAAAUAAAAAAGAAGCAAAACGAUUGGCAGAAUUCCUUGAGGGGUUGAAGUAUCGUUGUCAA